AUGGACCUUUCCGUUUUAACCAAAAAAAACACAUUUAAUAUAGGAGGCGGGCCGGGCGUCGAUACCUUUAUUCACCAUAGCCGAAUCUAUGUCCUGGCAAAUUAUUAUGGGAUCGGUCGACUAAUGGAUAUAUUAUUGCAAAAGCUCCACCAAAUUUUGGUCAAAUCCAACGUACCUAAAACGAAUUUCAACGAUAUUGUGGCAAUGGUUAAAACGGUUGGUGGUGCAUUAUAA